AUGGCGGUGGGUGGCCCAUGGCUGAAGGGCUGCAGGAGCAAGGAGAGGAGCCAUGGCUACCGGCAGAGAGUCGUCGAAGCCUGGGAGGAGGAGAAGGCUGCCCGAAAGUUUGAUGUUUCUCUCGAGGGUGGAUUCUUGCCUGACCAUUGUGUCCAACGCCUGCCGCUAGCAUACGAGCCAUGGGAACGAAUCCUAGAUGACCUGCCACACCUCAACCGAACAGGACAGUUGUUCCGGUCGAUCGAGCGCUUGCGAUGCAUCGAUGUUGAUGGUGCGGUUGUUGCGUGUGAGGAGGUGAAGUUGUUUGCUCAUAGCAGUACAGUAUCAUGGGAGCGGCUGAGAGAGCAUGAGAGUGAAGAGUCGUCCCAUGCGGCUCAGGACGCUAACUAUGUGCGGCAUCCUUCCGUUCCUGCUCAAAUCUCGACACCUCUCGUCGACGUCAGCACCAAACUCGGGUUGCCGCCUGUUCUCACCGCUGCGAUUGACCUCUGGAACUGGAAGUUGAAGCGGAACGAGCAGGGAAGGAGCAGCGUGGAAGCGCUGGAAACGAUAAGCUCGAUGACAGGCACAAGCACUGAGAGCUUUUUCCAUCUCAUCCCCUGUGCCAUCCAAGCACGUCUGGGCCCGCUGGUUGCCGCCAUGUUCUACGCGCCAUGCUUCAUCCUGUCGCACAUCAGCAAAGAUGACAAGGGAGGGGAGGAGGCGGCUGGUGUUGCUGUGAGAGAAGCUGGGCAGCUGCUGGAAGACUUGAGGGAUGCGCUGCAGGACUGCAAGUCGAUGAUGAAGCAGCUCUCCGAGCUCGUGCAUGCCGACGUCUUCUUCCACGUGUACCGCCCUCUCCUCACAGGGCACCUUCUGGCCAGACGGAGUGCUCCUGAAGACCAGCGAGGAAGGAGAGGAAGGGACUGGAGAUGA